UCCCUCCUCCUCUGCGAAACGCCUGGCUGGCCCCCACGCUACCUCCCUCCCUUACUCCCUUCCUCUCCUCAUUCCCUCCUUCCAUCCAUCCAUUCCUCUCCCUCUAAACCGAGGAGCGGUACCGGUUGAUCCACGUUGGAGGCGGCUCGGCCUGGUCCGGAGACAUCUUUUUCUGGGAUUAAUGAGCCCCAAAAGACGCGAGACUUCUACUUUAAGGCUCAUUGAGACGACUUUUUUUUUUCUAAAUAAAAAAUAUUAAUAAUUACUCCAGGACUGGACUGUCUCUCACCUCAAUCUUACUCGAUUUGGACCUGGACCUCUACUGAUGGAACAGGCUCGCUGCUACGUUCUCUUGCAGCCACCCAACACCACCUAACAUUUUCCUGGAAAAGAACGUGUCCGCCGCCCUCUCCCAACAAACAUGGACUGUUUUCCCAUGCUUUAUUUUCUGUCGAGACAUCAUGAUUCCUGGUAAUCGAAUGCUGAUGGUCCUUUUCAUAUGCCAAGUCCUGCUGGGAGAGAGCAACCAUGCUAGUCUAAUACCUGAAGAAGGGAAAAAGAAAGUGCCGGGCCUGCAGGGUCGUUCGGACGCUCAGAGCCAUGAACUGCUGCGGGACUUUGAGGCCACCCUGCUGCACAUGUUCGGCCUCAAAAGGCGGCCGAGGCCCAGCCGCUCGGCCGCCGUGCCUCGAUACCUGCUUGACCUCUAUCGACUGCAGUCCGGGGAGGCAGAGGAGACGGGCGCUGCCGAUAUCGCUUUUGAGUACCCGGAAAGGUCGGCCAGCCGAGCCAACACCGUGAGAGGCUUCCACCAUGAGGAGCACAUGGAAAAAGUCCACAAGAUGGACGACGGCGAGGCCACACCCCUCCGUUUCCUCUUCAACGUCAGCAGCAUUCCCGAGGACGAGCUGCUCUCCUCCGCUGAGCUGCGCCUCUACCGGCAUCAGAUCGACGAUGCGGGCGGCGACAUCCUCUCAGACGGCCUUCACCGGAUAAAUGUGUACGAGGUGCUGAAGGCCCCGCGGCCCGGCCAGCUCAUCACGCAACUUCUGGACACGCGACUGGUGCGCCACAACACGUCGCAAUGGGAGAGCUUUGACGUCAGCCCCGCCGUGCUGCGUUGGACUCGUGAGCGCCUCCCCAAUCACGGGUUGGCGGUGGAAGUUCUCCACCUCAACAAGACGCCACGCCACCAGGGCAAACACGUCCGCGUCAGCCGCUCGCUUCACCAGCAGCCCGACGAGGACUGGGAGCAGAUACGCCCCCUCUUGGUGACCUUCGGCCACGACGGAAAGGGCCACCCAUUAACCAAGCGGAGCAAGCGGAGCCCCAAGCAGCGGGGCCGCAAGCGCAACCGCAACUGCCGGCGCCACGCGCUAUACGUCGACUUCAGUGACGUGGGGUGGAAUGACUGGAUAGUGGCGCCCCCUGGUUACCAGGCUUAUUACUGCCACGGAGAAUGCCCUUUCCCGCUGGCCGAUCACCUGAACUCAACCAACCACGCCAUUGUCCAGACACUUGUCAACUCCGUCAACAACAACAUUCCGAAGGCGUGCUGUGUGCCCACGGAGCUCAGCGCCAUUUCCAUGCUCUACCUGGACGAACACGAUAAGGUGGUGCUAAAAAACUACCAGGAAAUGGUCGUGGAGGGCUGCGGCUGCCGCUAAGAAAACCAGGACUCAAACUCAAACAUCAAGAAAACGGACCCUUAUUUAUAACUUUUAUGUUGAGGUGUAUUUUUGUCUCACUUUUUUUUCCCUGUUUCUUUGACAAUAUGAUCAUAUAUUUUGACAAAAUAUAUAUAUUUAUAUCUACAUAUUGAAAAUAAAUGAAAAAAGCUGUACAACUUAUGUCAUAAUGUAUAGAUUGUAUACGUUUUUAUUGAUAAAAUACAGUAAACCUCGGAUAUAUCGGAUUCAAUUGUUCCCACUGGUUUUGUCCGAUAUAAGCGAAAUCUGUUAUAUGCGUAUACCGGAAAAUGUCCGUUUUACGCAUAUAUCGGAUUUAUAUCCGGUAUAUGCGUAAAUCGGAUUUUAUCCGUUAUAAAAAGGCACUUCCUUGGACGCGAAGGCAACGCUGCAAACGCUGCAAAUGACGUCGUAUAGCGGCCUGUCACGAUUCGGCGAAUCGGAGCGCCACGAUGCGGCCAUCCGAUAUAUGCGAGGGAAAUUUCAUGGAAAUGCAUUGGAACGGGACUGGAGAUUUUGUCCGAAAUAGGCGAAAUCCGUUAUAAAAAAUCCGAUAUAUGCAAUGAAUUUUUAUUGGAAAUGCAUUACAGAAAAAUCGGUUCUUUUUAUCUGUCCGUUGUGAGCGAAUUUCCGAUAUAUCCGAGUCCGAUAUAUCCGAGGUUUACUGUAGUACACAAAAAGCAAUCUUAAGCCCCGGAAACGUUUAUUUACUGGUAGUAUUUAUUGCUUAUGACAAUAGAAGAACAAAACAGAUUUUUUUCAUGAAUUAGAGCACUGUGUGAAUUUGUUCCCGUUUGAAAUCAUCGCCAAUGUACAUUGGACCUUAUUUAACCUCUCUGCUUUGAUAUUAAAGUGAUUAAUUUAAACAACCCCCCCACAGAAAGCUAAUCAUUUCAUGUAAAGUAUGCACAAAAAUAGCAUUGAAGGGUGUUGCUGAAACUGUUUUUUUUUUUCAUGAAAAAGA